AUGUCAUUCUAAUGGAAUACGCAAGAGAGACAAAUUAACAUUCACAAACAAGCACUUAGCAACCCUCAAAACACCAAACACAGCAGUGUACAAAUAAACAUUUGCACUCCAACAUAAGCAAUAAAGCAGAUACAAGACACAAACCAUAAACUGUUUUCAUUUCUGAGCUGCUGGAACUAAUGGAAGUACUGAAGAUGUCAUCCUUAAAUAACCAUGUGUUUGUUUAUAGUGACUGAUUAAAUGGGAGGAGGAACCAUGUGACUCAUGCUUUGGCCAAAGGAAUUAUGGUCCAUUUGGGAUUGGACUCGGCAAGGGAAGGGUGUGAACGUGUGUAUAAAUGCACAUCCAACAAGUAUAAAACAGAGAAACUUAAGCAAGACUUUAAGACAUCACAACUGAUUUGGAGAGUUGACCAUGUCUCAAGGUGAGGAAGAGGAAGUUAAGAGGCCUGAGGUGAAAGCGGAGGAUUUGAUUGGAGCCAGGGAUAAACUAGCAUUUGGAACAGAGGUGAAGAGCAAGACCUUUGAGGUGAUGCAGGAAUGCGAACAAGCUGGGAAGGUCGCGCCGUCCGUCUUCAGCAAAGUUCGCUCAGGAUCUGAGACUGCCUUUAACAAACCCAGCAAGAGAAAGUAACACUGUGGGACCAUACACUACAUUUUUUUUCACUGAACCGUACAGCUAAAAACAUGUUAAGGUGCAUUUCUAAAUGAAUCUAAAGCAUUAACAUUGAAAUAACAGUAGAUUUUAUUUGAACAGGUAUUUAACUAACAUGUCAGUUUUGUCACAACAGCACAGCUAAACAAUAUUAGUAGUUUUGAGACUGAAUGCAAAGUCUGAUCUUAAGAACACCAUAAAAUGUAUUCCACUU